GCGCACCCCAAAAAGCACAGAGCCUCAUUGUUAACUCACCAACCACAAUUCGACACCCCACGCCGUCGAACAUUCCAUCAUUCAAUCGCGACAACCAAGCCUUUCGAAGAGCGACCGAUGCGCACGACAGGGUUCGAUAUACCCUCGCGACCAUGAUGCGAGAUCCGCGUCGCCGGAGCCCAGAGAGCUCUCGGCGGCGAAGAAGAGACCGCCGUGAUUCUCGCGAACAACUCGCCACCGCUGCCGACGAAAGCGUCAUAUCGAGCAUUCCCGGUCCGUCAUCGAGGGCCCCAACACAGCAGCAGCCCCUGCCGUCCCUGUAUUCGCCGUCGCAAUCGCAAUACUCCCAAUCCUAUACCGAAGCUCAGAGAUACCCCGAAACCGAGAGAUAUGCUGCCCCUUUUGAGAGAUACUACGAUCCUCAGCGAUACGGCGAGCCCCAACGAUACCCCCAACCCGAACAGUACCAGCAGCAUCAACAGCACCAGCCGCAACAGCCGCAACAGCCGCAACAACAGUAUCCCCCUCCCGAGGCCUUCGUUCAGCCUCUAGGCUAUGGCCAACCCGAACGAUAUGCCCAGCCGCAGGAAUACCAAGGACAGCACCACCAGCCCGAAAGGAUGCGACCGCGAGGUGGCUCCAGUGCUUCUUCGUCCUCUUCCACAUCCUCCUCCAUGCUCAACAUUUCAGCAAGGAGCCCCAAGUUUGGCGGCCUCUUCAACACAUUCUUUAGAGCCCCCUCGGAGCAGCGCAAACGUCGUAGGAGGAAGAAGCAGAAAGCCCGCAUCCUCUCCUUUGGCAAUUCCUCUUCCUCAUCCGUCAACUCUGACAUGGCUUACGGUCGCGGCUACAUUGACCGCGACAAGAGUCAGCUUACGAGCCCGGCGCCCCAAGCCUACGCGAGCCCCUCGCUGUACCGCACUGAACCCGCUGACGCCCGUCAACAACAACAGCAACCGCCUCCGGUGCCCCGCGACAAGACCGAUGAAGAAAUUCUCGAAAUUGGUCGCCAACUGCAAGACAUUGCCCGGAGGCAGAAUGACCAUGAUCUCAAGUCUGCUGCCAAGUCGCGGACGUCCCAGCUGGCCGGUACUGCGGCCGGUGCCGCAGCCGCAGCCGCAGCCUUCAGCCAUUUUCGUAGUAAGAGUAAGAGCGACACAAAGACCAGAGGAUCUGGCACUUCUAAACCUAAUGAAAACGCUUCCUCCUCGGACGAUGACUGGGAAUCAGCGUCUGAAGAUGAGUCUACUACUACGGACGAUUCCGAUAACGGUCUGGCAUAUGGCUCUGCCGUCAAGCCGUCCAAGUCAGCAAGGAUCUCAACGGCGCCCCCGGAGCAGAUCAAGCCACCAUCACGGAGGAGUACCAUUGUGGACCCACGCCUCUUCGGACCCGUAAACUCUCUUCGCGGCGCCGUAAAAAGUCCAUGCGGCUUCGGCGAGGAAGACCCCCGGUCCGCUGGCUCUUCCCGCCGCCACCACGAAGAGACGGUAGCCCAGGUCGAAUCGCCCAAGACGGGGAAGCAGCCGAUGCAGCGUAUAUACCCGGUGCCGACCUCGGAUCCCGAUAAGUUCGACUACGACCGUAGCUCUGUAACUUCAUCCCGCCAGGAUGUUCCCCAGCGUGCCCGACCCGAUCCGGUCCCUAUCCAGCAGCCUAUUCCCAUUGUGCCUCUUCCGUCCAAGGUUUACGAUGCAGAGAGAUUCGAGGAGGAGGAGGAGCGCCGGAACUCCAAGCAACCCCGCCAGCCGCCCAAGGGCAGGAGCGCUGCCGAGAAUGCCAUCGCUGGCGUAGGCAUUGCUGCCGCGGCUCUUGGUGCGACGAUGGCUGCUAACCGUAGAGACUCGAGCGAGUACCUCGAACGUCGCGAUGACGGUCGAAGUGAAGUACGAGAUCAUCAUCGGGAGGAGUACCGCGAUUCCUGGCAAAACCGCCGCAAAGAGGAAGAACCCGAACGUCCAGUAAGGAUCGAGCUGGAAGACCGCGACCCCCGUGAUCAGAACGAUCCCCGCCGGCCACAUCGACGCAACAACGUUGAGAUCAUCGACGACCGAGACAAGCAUCGUGCCGGCCGUUCUGAUCUGGCCUAUGAGGCCCUGAAGAAGCCCGAUGUUGAGACUGACCCUCGUCCGGAGGUGUACAAGCUACCCCAAGGUGAUGAGAUUCGAGUUGAGUACGACCCAAAAGAUGACCGCCGGCCACGUGAGGAACCCAAGGAACCUCGUAGGGAUGACCGUAAGCCGGUGGUGGUCGUGGAUGAACGCCGGGAUGCGAAGCGGGUAGAGAAGCCGACUGAGGCGCCCCGAGAGAAACAUGGGGUGGAGCAUCCCGAGGCCCCCAAUGCACAAGCCCCUAUUGACCCUUUCCAGUUCCAGGUCGCUGAUGAUGCCUUCCAAACGCCAAAGUACGCCACCCCGAAGAGGCCCUUGACGCCCCAGGUCGUCACCGUCGACCGCGAACCCAACUUUGACGACUCUCCGCCGAGGAAGCCCGACUACUCGGAAUCCCGAAUGAGCCGCAAAGACUCCUUUGAACUCGAGAAGCGCCUGGAGCAGUACCAGCAAGGGGCACGAGACCGUUCCCGGACCCCUGAGCCGCGCCGUCGGAGGGACUCGCUCCAAGAGGAACAGCAUGCUGCAAAGUCCAUCUACGAGGAGGCCAAGCAUGCUACCGUGCCAAUAGCCGCCGCCGCCAUUGCUUCUGCCAUCGCUGUCGAGGAGGAGAGAUCACGCAAGCACCGCAACGAUCAAGUGACCGAGGAUGGCUCCCGUGACAGGUCCCGAGCUACCAAAGACGCCGUGCAGGAGGAGGCAGAUAGGUACUACCGUGAGACUGUCAUCGCCCGCAAGAUUGCAAAGGACGAGAUCCGCUCGCGCAGCGCAUCUCCCCACGACGAGUCUGUCGUUGGCAAGUGGCAGGACCACGAUGAGGGUCCUGAUAUCGUCACAAUAGUAACGCCGCCGGAGAUGGAUCACCCUCAUGACAAGAGCCCCUACGACGCGCCCAACGCCGACGUUCGCAUUGAUCAUGUCAUCAUCCCCGACGAGCUUUCCCGCUUCCGCCUGCCCCACCGUCGGCUCGAUCCCGGCGCGCAGCCGAUCUUCCAAUCUCGCGAUCCUUCUGCUGAGCGUGAACGACCACUGCUAAACCUCGUCUUGCCUACGCCCUUUGUUACCCCGCGCCACACGCCUGCCCCUGAGAAGCAAGCGGAACAACAACCCUCCAGCAGAAGCCAGGAGCCUGUUCAACCACGAUCAGUUACUUCAACUGAGCCACCUUCUUCUGCAACCGCGCCUACCACUGAAAUCGUUUUCGGACCCAGAGGCGAGGUUGUGGAAAGGCCUACGACACCCACAGCCAAGUCCGUCACUUGGGGCGAAAAUGAGACCAAGAGCUUCCAGAUCGAGAGCCCAGAACCUCCGAAAAAGGCGCCGUCCAGCACUUCUAGCAAGUCAAAGAAGAAGAAGAAACUGGGCAAGAGUUCACCGUGGGGCAUCAUCGCGGCGGGCGUCGCUGGUGGAGCUGCAGUGGCUGCAGUCUCCGAAGCCUCCGAAGCUCCCAAGAUGCGCGAUCCUUUCGAGAGCAAGCCGGACGAAGAUAGGGAGAGGCAUAGUCCGCCCGAGUCACCAAAGUCUCGUAGCGUCGAGCCUAUAUCGCCCAUCAUCGAAGCUGCCCCGUCUAAGCUCACCACGUCAUUCGAAGAUGAGGCAGACUUGCCCCCCGCCCCCGGCCCCAAGCCGUCCAGCCCUCAGACAUCUAGAAUGCCUGGCGCCUUUGCUGAUGAUCUAGAAUUUGCCUCUGUGCUGGCGGCUGGUCUCCAAGACACUGGGUUUGACCCGAACAUCGUGAUUGACAACCCUACCUACAUGCGCCGCGACAGCCCGCCGGGACAGAGUGAGCCGGCCGUCUAUCACCAGCCUUUCGCGGAGACUGUCACCGACCUGGGCAUCUAUGGCCCUGAUCACAACCAUGAUGGGCCUACUACAGGCGACCGCGGUUUUGUCAUGGGCGAGGUGCCAGAAACGCCAGUAGCCGAGAAGGAAUUGCACAACGGCCACGCGGCUGACUCCCCUCGUGAUAAAGAGCGCCGUGACAAGGGCAAAGCUAAAGAGGUGCCAUUUGUUGAGCGGGAGCCGCUAGUUGAAGAGACUGAGCCGUCGAGGAAGCUGAGCAAGAAGGAGAAGCGCAAGCAAAAGGCGUCAAAGAGGCAAAGCCUCGACAACGCGUUGCCUGACGAGACUUAUGAUGUCCCCGAGUCAAGAUCACAGCGUGAACCUGCUUCUUCGUCUGCACCGGCACCUGUCUACGAAAGACCGCACGGCUACUAUGACGUUCCCGAAGCGACAUCACGACCUGAACCCAACCCAUUUGCACCGAUGGAUCAAGCAUACGCCAGAACUCACAGCUAUCACGAUGUCGCCGAAGCUGGGCCCCAACCUGCGCCAGCCCCUUACUCGCAAGCAGUGCCAACCUACGAUAGACCUCAUAGCUACUACGGCGAGCCAACAAUCGCUUACCGAGACCAACCUGCUCCCUACGCAGAGACGGGCCCUCCUUACGAGAGGCCUCAUAGCUACUACGACACCCCUCAAAGCCCGGAAACCGUUGUGGCGCUUGGCCCCAAGACUCGUGAAUUCCAGGACGCACCUACCUGGGAUCUGCCCAACUCUUCUGGGACAGCGCACUCUUACGACGAGACUCCCGCCUCUAGAGCGGUGGACUCCGAAGCUGCCCCGGCAGAUGCCGAAGCCUCCCCGUCAGCGAAAUCGAGUAAGAAGGAUAAGAAGAAGAAGAAGAAGAAUCGAGCCUCGAGAUCUGAUAUCGUUGUCACAUAUGAUGACGAUGAGCCAGAAACCCAAGAGCCAUCUUCUUACAACAACGAGUCGAGCACUUCCCGCGAGAAGCUGCCCGAGAAGGAAUCAUACCGCUCUAGUGAGCCUCAAGAGGCUGGUGACGACGCGUGGGACGAGCCUGCGAAGAAGAAGAAGUCCAAGAAAUCUAAGCAGAGCUCAGACGAAUGGACAGACGUCGAGAAACAAAGCGAUUACACCGCGACUCCAACCGCCGAACGAAGCAGCACUCGCGACGGUCUUGAAGACUGGGACGAUCUUCCGGCCAAGUCUCAGCGGGACCGUUCCAAGUUCGAAGACGGAGAUGUGAGCUCUGUGGUGUCUGAUCCGUCGAGCAGGCGAGAGAAGUCAGAACGCCGUUCCAAGAGCAGCCGGCAAGACGACCGCGACGUGAGCUCCGUCGUCUCUGACCCUGCGAGCCGACGUGACAAAUCUGAUCGUCGAUCUCGAAGCAGCCGGUACGAGGAUGCUGACGCUAGCUCGGUGGUCUCUGAUCCCUCGAGCCGGCGUGAGAAAUCCGAUCGCCGGUCCCGCAGCAGUCGCUUCGAUGAUAGAGAUGCUAGUUCAGUUGUGUCCGACCCCGCCACACGGAGCGAAAAGUCAGAACGUCGCUCCAAGAGUCGCCGUGAGGACGAACGGGACGCGGCAUCUGUUGUCUCUGACCGUUCGUCUCGUCGCGAGAAGUCUGACCGAACCUCCAACGGGACUCGCUACGACGACGACGCCAAGUCGGUGGUGUCCGAAAGUUCUGAACGUAAGAGACGCAGUCGAGACGACAAGAAGAGUCCCAAGGAAGACGAGAAGCGCAGUAGCGGCUUCUUCAACAACUUCUUCGGAAACAGAAGCAGUAAGGAUGUAUCUGGCAAGGAUGAGAAGUCGUCUUUUUUAGAUAAUGCCGGCACCCUUGGCGCGGGUGCCGGCUUGGCGAGCGCCGUGGCAGCUUUGGGCUCCAUGAUGUCCCGCUCCAACGCCAACGAACCGCAGUUGGAAGAGUCGUCAGAUGCUCUUCGACAUCGCGAGAGAUCCGCCAGUCCCCCGCGAGACGUUGACAUUGUCGAUCCUGAGAUUGUGCCGCGGACUAUUAGACCUGCUAUCGAUCCUCAGUACGGAGACUUCCUCCCUCUGCCACCCAGCCCAAUGCCGCCCAGUACCCCUGGCUCUCCCACCCAGACAGACUUGGAUGAGCUUCCUGCCCUGCCCGACAGCCGGCCGGAGACGCCACCGGAAGAGCGCAGGCGUCAGCACGAGACCAAGACACCAAAGACACACGCGCGCAAGCGUAGCAACAUGGAGACACCGACCAGAAGCCCUAGUCAGACAGCCGUGCCCUUCAAGCUGCGACUCGGGCAGAGGUCGGCACCUUCGUCUCCCGGUACCUUUGGAGUCUCUCCAGUCACUUCCCCAGCAGUGCCGACGUUCCCCGAGACCACACACAUCACCCCUCCUCACCCCGCUUCCCUGUCCAGGCGCCCUUCGAGGCCCAUCUCGUGGGAAAAUAGUCGCGAGAUCAAACCACUCUACCUGCUUGAACAGGCUCGUCAGGAAUCCGCAGCUCAGCCAAUGGAGCCACCCAUUGAUUUCCCAGAGCUGCCUCCGAGCGAGCCGUCCUCGCGGGAGUCUCCCGCACCAGAAUUCGCGCUGCGUGAUGAGGAUGUGAACUACUUCCAUCAGCUUCAAGCAUCGCCCUUUGAGCCUGACCUUCGUCUUGACACGGAUAUGUCCCGCUAUCCUGAACAGACGACGCGCCGUUUCAGCUCGCAAGAAACUACACCCAAGGCAGAGCAUGCAAUCCAGCAUGCUAGUGCCAUGUUUGAUGCGGCGUCGCCUGGCCUUCCCGCUACUGCAGAUGCCGCCAGGGGGGUAGAUUUGUCAGAGCAUGAACUAGAGAAGCUGCCCGCACUUCCUGCUAGCUCUCUGACGUCGCCGACAACAAGAUUGGAGACUGUAUCGGCAUCCCCUCUUUCUCAAGAGAGAGACUUACCAGCCCCAUCAGUUGCAGGAACUGCAGUCACUCUAACAGAGUUGCAUGACUUGCCAGCUCUUCCUGCCAGCCCUGUGGCAUCCCCAGCAACGGCUAUUGCUAGCCCUAUUCAUCAUGCGGCCAAGUUAGAGCAGCUACCUGCUCUUCCCGACAGCCCCGUGACGCACGCAACUGAGAUGCCCGAACCGGAACAAGUAGAGAUCACGUCCAAAGAAAGAAACACACCAUCGAGCCCUACGCCAGACCGGUCUCGUGAUAUCGCUGCCAACUUGACCGAGGUUGACCAUGACGGCCAUUCCCGCGAUGAUGCUAUCGGCGCUCUGUUGGGGGGUGCCGCGGCUGGUCUGGGAGCUGCUUACCUCACAGACCGUCUCAAAAGCCAUGACAAGUCGGCAGAACUUGGCCGCGAAGCAAAGGCUUUGGAAGCUACUGAGCCAGCGGAGCCACCAAUGGUUGAGGCGAAGAAGUCCAAGAAAGACAAGAAAAAGAAGAAGAAGGGUAAGGGUGCGUCAGUCGAUGGUCCCAUCCUUCCCC